CCCUCUAUAUAUAUCAAAAACUCACGUAAACCGUACUCGCCGUAACAAUCGCGCUCUCCGGACCUCAAUGUUGUCGUCGUCGGCGGCGCACCUCGAGACCCCAGAGCUGGACUCGGAGGGCCCCACGCUCCUCCACGCGAUUACGGAGCACGGCGGGUACGCCUAUGUGAGCAUGGCCACUCUGGCGGCCGCGGGGGACCCACGCGCAGCGGAGGCAGCGCGUGAGAUUGCGUGGGAGCAGCUGCACUCGGGGCCGUGGCACUCGGUGGAUCCGGUCUGGCGCGACGCCUACUCCAUGGCGUGCCUCCACGUGGCCAGGCUCCAUUUCUCCAAGAGUGAGCUUAGCGAGGCCCUUAGAGUUUUGGAUAUGGGCUUGAUCAUGGGCGGCACGCUUCUCCGGAAGGACCUCGACUCCGCAGUCCAGAAAGUCUCGGCCGUGGCCGGGGACGCCUCUAGGGUUUCCGAGCCACGCGCCGAGCGUGAUGUUCUUCGCCAAGUGGAGCUCGAUGAGGCGGAGGUGCUCCAGUCUUUACCUGUUAAGUCUCUGUCUUUAAAAAUUGUGGUAAAGAGGCCUGGUCUAUCUUUGGAGGGAUUCCUUCGUGAAUAUUUCCUAUCGGGUUCUCCAGUUAUUAUUAGUGACUCUAUGGCUCAUUGGCCAGCCAGGACAAAGUGGAAUGAUAUGGACUACCUAAGAAGGGUUGCAGGAGAUCGCACAGUCCCAGUUGAGGUUGGAAAAAACUAUUUAUGCCCAGAGUGGAAGCAAGAGCUUAUCACAUUUUCCCAGUUUCUUGCGAGGAUUGAGGCCAAUGACUGUUCUUCUGCUGACCCUACAUAUCUUGCUCAGCAUCCAUUGUUUGAUCAGAUAAGCGAGCUACGGAAGGACAUUUGUAUUCCUGACUAUUGUUUUGCUGGAGGUGGGGAGCUGAGGUCUCUUAAUGCCUGGUUCGGUCCAGCUGGGACAGUAACACCAUUGCACCAUGAUCCACAUCAUAACAUACUAGCGCAGGUUGCUGGCAAAAAGUAUAUAAGGCUUUAUCCUGCUUCCUUGUCAGAGGAACUUUACCCAUACACUGAAACCAUGCUUAAAAAUUCAAGCCAGGUUGAUCUAGACAACAUGGACGAGAUAAGGUUUCCAAAGGUGCAUGACUUGGAAUUUCAAGACUGCAUUUUAGAGGAAGGUGAGAUGCUUUAUAUCCCGCCCAAGUGGUGGCACUACGUGCGAUCUUUAACUAGAAGUUUUUCAGUUAGCUUUUGGUGGAGCAACUGCGAGAAUCAAAACUUGUCCUGAUUAGGGUUGUUUAAACAUGUCUUUAUUAGGAGGGGGGCUGUCAACUUCUUGGAUGCCAGAUUGAAAGGAUCUUGUGUUGAAUCUGAUUAUAUGUUAUAACUUAUAUUACAAAUGUAGUUAUUUUGUACUUUUUACUAGAAGGUUAGUUACUCAUAUAAAAUAUAACGUAAAUAUAAUUUUGGAUUAAGUAUCCUAAUUUUGGAUUUUAUCCAAUUAUAAUCAA